GUAAACAGACGCAAAUCCAUGCAAAACCGAACAGCUCUUUCAGGAAUAGCCGUAAACAAAAGUUCUAACUGAAUUCUGAACUGGAAGCAUUUUAUAGUGCUAAUUUCUGAUUUGCUUAAGUUAAAAUUAAAAAAGAUUAAUACCGCUAAUUAUUCGGAUAAUGGCUAAACCUCGGCCUUGUGUUGUACCUUGCUGCCAAGGCGAACGUUCCGACCUAGUGCAUAAAUUUCCAUCGGACAAGGAUCGAGCAGAAACUUGGAGAUCAAUACUGUCCAUACCGGAGCUGCAAAAAUUUGAUCUGGACACCAUAAGGGGUAGAUAUUUUGUAUGUACUCGCCAUUUCCGCGAUUCGGACUACAAAAACAAACUCUCCAGAAGUUUGAAUGUGACCGCCAAUCCAUCGUUGAAUUUGUUUGCGUUGAAUGACGAGGAAGGACUGAACCGCAUUAUUCCCCCGAUGGUACGAAUACCUUACACCGAACCGCCGAAAAGCUCCGACGAUUCCAGGGAGGGAGUCACGGUAAGCCUACAAGUUCAACCGAUGCUGCCAGAGGAUAAGGCUCAUUUAGUGGAAAGAAACUUAGUUGACGAUAGUUCUAGUGCUAUGUCAUCAAGCUUGGAAAUAGUAACCAUACCAGGUUUGCCAGAUGAGUCCCUUUUCCUCCCGACAAAGAAGCAUGAACAAUUACGACUCCAGGUUGGCCAGAAGCGAACAAUGGCCGGGUGCACACCGGGUAAAAUUUUCAAAUUUAAACGAAAGUCCGAUAUCGUCGUAGAUUUUGAUGACUCGAAAGAGGGAGCAAAAAAAUCAGUAGUUCUUAGAACGGUAAAAAUUGUGUCACCAAAAAAAGAAGGUGUGGUUCCGAAUAAAGUGUCAACUGUUUCUACUGAGACACAGACUGAGAUGGAUCGGCUCGAAACUCGCGGAAAUUUGUUUGAGCAAGAAGAAACAGCUUUAUCAGAGACUAACGAAGUUUCCAAAAAUACUACUAAAGUUUUGGCAUUGCUGGCAUGCACUCCAGAGAACUUGCAGAAAUUACAGAAGAAGUUAAAAGAACAGGCCGGUGGCGCCUUGUCUUUCGACGAGAAUCUCUUUCAGGAUCUUGCUGCGGACGAGCCUGCUGAAGAUACUAUGGUUGGCCAGCAGUCUGCCGUCGAUGAACGGUACUUUCUUACAAUACCUGGAAAUGAAUUAGUACAACCUAUCCAUGUGAGCUAUAUUUGGCUACGGGAUCAUUGCCGUUGCGCGGAGUGUUACAAUCAAGAAACAUUCCAGCGUUCGCAGUCCAUUCUAGACAUUCCGGACGAUGUGAGGCCGGCAAACUUUACGUUGACUGAUCGGAAGCUGGAGGUGUUAUGGAUGGAUGAUCAUGUAUCCUCGUACGAUUUGGAUUUCAUCUUCCAUUCCCAGUACGAAGCAUUUCGGGAAAACCUACUUAGGGAGCACGCUCAGCCGGUGCUUUGGGAUCGUGACCUUAUCAGUCUUUGUCCCGAGUAUUGCCGGGUGUCGCUGAGCGAGCUAAUUUGUGAGGAUGCAGCUGUCUCUAAGGUGGUCAAGAGCUUGGUAGCGUACGGUGUUGCCUUCAUCCAGAAGGUUCCCCCCAACCAGCAAAGCACAGAAAUGGCUAUCAAAAGGAUUUUUCCCAUCCAUAAAACGUUUUUCGGAGAAAUGUGGACUUUUAGUGACCAAAUGGAUCAUGGUGAUACUGCCUACACUAAAAAUUACUUGGGACUGCAUACGGAUAAUACGUACUUUUGUGACGCAUCGGGACUGCAGGUACUUCAUUGCAUCCAGUUUAAUGGGUCCGGAGGAGAAACCACUCUAAUCGAUGGUUUCAAGGCAGCCGAGCAGCUUAAACUUAAAGAUGCAGAGGCGUUCGAACGAUUAUGCAACUAUCCUUUAACGGGUGAGUACUUGGAGGAAGGCAAACACCACACUUACUGUGCCCCAGUAAUCAAACGCAACAUUAUAACGGGGGAAGUGGAGCAGCUUCGAUUCAACACGUACGACAGAGCCGUUUUGAACACAAUUCCGCAGCGACAGAUUCCCCAAUUCUACAAAGACUACAAACGGUUAGCGGCCGAGAUUAAUGACGAAACAAUGGCUUGGCAGUUUCAGUUAACUCCUGGAACGGUAAUGAUUUUCGACAACUGGCGAGUGCUACACGGGCGCAUGGCAUACAGUGGAAAGCGUGUGAUUACUGGAUGCUACGUUUCGAGAACGGAAUACCAGAGUGUCGCACGGACGCUGGGCAUGAUCUCGUGAGGAUCACUGGUGAGCACAUAGUAAAUGAAUUGAAGAGAAAUGGUUGUUCUAUACAUUCAACCUUUUGUUCAAAUAGUGACAGCUCAUUUAACGAAUUUGAAGGAACCUCCUAAGAGCAGUUUGCUGCGAGACUAGUGUGGGUACCUAAAGUUUAGCAGUUUAUUAGAACAUACAAAUCCUAACUUACUCUUCUAGUGAUUAGGCGAACACUUUAAAACUGACAAUGAUAGCCAAAUUGAUCACAAGCACCCAUUUGGAAGGUAGGGUAUUCAGGCUCACUGUGCUGUGCGAUGUCAAAUCGAAAAACUGCACCUGUGCAUAGAUUGGAACCCGUAUUUCGUCCUCUAGUGUAAAUUGCAGGUCAACUCGGGGUCCAAAAACGAGUUCUGCUUCCUGCAGUACCUGCUGCCUUG